AUGCAAUUCCAAGUUUGAAAGAAUACAUGAGGGAAAUCUUGGAUAUUUCAUGUUUUCUAAUGCCACAUCCUGGUUCACAAAUAUAUGAAUCCAAUGGUCAGACUGGAUUAUUACGUGAUGUCUACAAAAAGCAUCUCAAUCAACUUUUUAGCAUGUUGUUUGCGCAGGACAAGCUUGUUAUUAAAGAAUAUAAUGGGGCAGCGAUUACAGCUGGGGAGCUACUUCAGUAUUUUAGAACUUACACAAGCAAUUUUCAAACUUCUCCUUCUGUACAGAAUCUGUUUGAGGCUACUGUACGAGCUAAUAACUUGAUUGAAAUAGAAAGAUCAUUGAAACUAUAUAAGAAUCUCAUGAGAGAGCGCUUUGAAAAUGGCCAGUCUUAUGCUCCUAGAGAUCAGUUGAAAAAGGGACACGAGGACUGUUUCCAUUCAACAUUACAGUACUUUAUUAGUACAAAAAGAAUGGGCGGUAAUAGAUAUGGUGAUAGAUACAGAGAACAUCUAAAACAGAAACUUCAAAAAGAAUUUCAAGAAUACAUUGUAAUUUAUGAACUUCAAUAUUAUACUCUUUGGCAAUCAAUUAAGAAUAACUUCAAUAAGUUAUAUCUGUGGGUUACCUCAUAA